AUGUCUACCAAAACCGUCACCACAUUCCUCCUCUCCUCCCUUAUCUACAGCACCACCCACGCGUUCGUUCCCCUGGAUAUCCACCCGCCGAUAGACAAUAACGCCAUACAACCCUUACCCUCAGAUCUCGACACACUUCGCUGGAUUCCUAUUGCAACGCUCGAACCUAUUUCGAACACACCGUAUCCCGCAUCCUCGGUACCCACACCUACACCGUCUCUCGAAAACAAAAAUGAAUACCAUAUCCUCCCUCUCGGUCUCGAUGCCAACGCAGUCCCCGACCUGAAAGUCCGGCAAGUUACAGGCCAAGGUGCGCCUGCUGCGGCUUCAACCGCGAUCAGUCAAGUCAGUCCGAUCACAACAUAUUACAUCAAUUCAGUCAUUGCGGCGGGCGAGGUCACGCAAGUGCCGGUGGUCUACACUCAGACGUUCGUCCCGGUCCCGGAUCAAUGGUCUAGCGCAGGUGCCGGUACAAUUGGAUUAGGGACCAUUUCAGGCACGGUGGGACAGGUGAGGAGUAAGAGAAGUCUCCCAACUCAGGCUCCUUUGGCAGAGGACAACCCCCUGAAAGAAGGCAGCGAAACUUCGAAUGCGGGAAGCGGUCCUGUGCAAGAGACCGCAUCGUGGACGGAGAAACUAAGGCAAAUGGGCAAAGGGUGGAUGGAGCUAUUGUCCACGGAGGAAGUCGACAAACCGACCUCGGACCAAGAAGAAGUUGUUCCUCUGCUUGACGGGGGUGUCGAAUUACCCGUUGCGGCUCACUUGGACUCUGUACCUCUUAGGCCACUUCCCAUUGCCAAUGAUGCGGGCCGUGUUUUUCAGGCAGGGACGCUGGCUGUUCUUGCUGUGGGCAUCGCUACGAUGUGCGUGGCCUACCUAUAA